ACCGAGUGUCAUCCGUCAAGAACCGAGUGCCAUCCGUCAAGAACCGAGUGUCAUCCGUCAAGAACCGAGUGCCAUCCGUCAAGAACCGAGUGUCACCCGUCAAGAACCGAGUGCCAUCCGUCAAGAACCGAGUGCUAUCCGUCAAGAACCGAUGCUCACGUCCCGACGAAAGCAAACGAUUUCCUUCUAUCGAGUGCGACAGAUGCUCAAUAUUCAAGAUUGGAAGAUAUCCCCUCAUCAGGAAAACACGUGCCACAUUUACGUGGAGCGACUGUAGGUGUACCUCGUCUGGCGAGAAAUGUAUUCCAUCCCCUGAGAACAGCCGAAAGUAAUUUGUAUGAAACUCGACAUGAUUCUGCGAUCAGUCAACCGAGGUUUCACCGCCCGGUUUCGUCCUGCAAUGAAGUUCUGUCCAAUAAUAUUCACAAUAUUUAUGAUUUCAAAGCCUAUAAACCUUCAAAUAGCGUCUUUCAAAAUUCAAACCCUAACAAUACCGGCAAAGAAUCUCCAAUUAAAAUUCCCUUUUUGAAUUUUUUUCACCCGAAGAAAAAGCUUUCAAAUCUUGCUGAAUGUUUAAGCGAUCGAAACCUCUUUGAAAUCGGCCAACAACCUACGGACAUCUCCAAAUCUUUGCCCAAUAUCAGAUCCACUACUGGCUGCCGCCUCAACGCCAAUAGGCCUGAAUCAGAUCCCACUGAUAUUCAUGGAAAUCUAGAUUCCGAUUCUGACUUCCGACGAAUCUGCCGCCGAAGUUUUUCUCACUCCAGCGCUGCGAAUACUGAUGACAGAAGUACAUUAGCUACGUCUUUUAGUGCUGACAAAGUGAAUUCAACAUCACUUUUUGAAAAUUCUAAACCUGCAUGGAUGGCCUCUACUAACAUUGUGAAGUUAGUUUCAUCUUCAAAUGAAAAUACUACGCUUAAGUACGUUUCUCCAGCAGAUGGAAAUGAUGUACCGUUACGUAACCUAAUUUUUUCAUCAAAUGUUAACAUUUUUCAUCAUUCCGAUCCAGAAUUCAGAGAAACCGAUGUUAACGCACAGUCACCUUUAACUGUCGACCAUAGAAGUUUUACUCGUGAUGAGAUUGUAAACCACGAGAUCGGCAACUCUGAGAUGUACUCUGCAUUGGGAGAAACAGACCGGGGUGACACCAUUCAUGUCACGAGUUUCAACGGCCUCAAUAACACUGAUGAUUCUGAUGAAAACAUCUGCUCACCUGUCGACUUCUUGAACAGUGACUCACAAGAUUUACAGAUGCAAAUAACAAACAACUUGAGCGUCGACUCUGUGAACGGUGCUGAAACUCGAGAUUCUUCCGCUCGGAAAACUGAAAUUCUAGAAUUCGACUUGGUAAAUGGUACUGAGAUGCAUGAUUGUGUCGCUCAGAAAACAAACAUUUCAGGAGUCGACUUGGUUAACGGUCCCGAAACUCGCUAUUCUGCUGCUCGGGAAACCGACAAUAAUGUAGAAGUUGAUUCUGUAAGCGAUGCUGAAACUUUCAAUUCUGCCGCGCGGAAACCCGACAACAAUCCACCAGUCAACUUUGUAAACGAUGCUGUAACUCUCGAUUCUUCCAACCAUAAAAUAACUGAAUUAGUGUGUUCCUUGGUUAAUUGCCAGAAAACUGACGAUCCCAUCUCUCGUGAUAAUUCCCUUACAUUACCUAUUUUACUGGGCAACGCAACAAAUAAUUCCAACCCCCAAUAUUCUAUUGGCGAUCCAGAAGCCUCGGAGUGCAACGAGCUCCCUGAACUGAACACAGAUACUUCUGAUGGCACAAGCUCCGCCUGCUUUAGCAGGGGCUCUGCCAUUUGCGAUGCUGUUCGUGAAACGAGAAUCCCGAUUGUUGAGAGCGAGGCGAGUAUUUCAAAUACCAGCGACCUAGCCGUUAUUCCCGUGACCGAUGCGAGUGUUUCCGCUGAAGACAGUGCGGCAAGUGCUUCAGUUGCCGACGGCCAAGCCUGCCCUUCAUGUGGCUGAUAGUGGAAUGGGUGCACCUCCAAGCGAGUAUUUCCAUGCAUCAUAGUGACCUGAAUAUUUCUGUGCACGACUGAUCACCUAUAACAGUGACACUUAUUAUUUUGCUGACAGCGACAUUAUUAUUCUAAUAUUCUUUUGCUGACAGAGAUAUUAUUUUUUUUUGUUAACACUCCAAGGAAUAUUCAUGUUUCUGAGAGUGAAAGGAGUAUUCAUGUUCGAACUGGUCCCGCCAUCCUUCCCGUGUCUGAUAGAGUCAAGCAUUCGUCUCGCAGGAGGUCGAAGAAGCAUUGAUGCUUCUGACGGUUCUGUUAGUUGAAUUGCUCGCAUCGGUUCUUCAGGUGUUGGAAAUAAAAUUUAAUUUCCUUGAUUAUUAUCUUUAUAUUACAAUU